UCAGGAAAUUCCACUUCUCCUGUAAAAUUAGUUUAUUUACCUGAAAAAGUUGACAGGCUAUGUUUUGUUAUCCAUCUUAUCGGAUUAUGUAUACCGCAGAAAAAAGCAUUUGAAUGUGAAAUGUUUUGGACCCUCGUGGUGGGAGGCCGUUGUUUAAACGGUGGAGCAAACAUGUUUGAAUAAUCGAGUUUAAGUUGUUUGUGUUUUUCGAUUCGUUUGUUGUUCACCGAUGGCUGGCCAAACGGAUCUGAACAGUGGCAGUGCAAGUGGCAACAGCAGCCGAGAUGAUGUGCGAACUCAUUUCACAACCAGGGAGGGAGUAUACAAGUUGAUGACAUUGGCCGAAUACUCCCGGGCUAAUCGGUUGUCUGGGUAUAGUGCAAUACAAAGCCAACAAGGAGCAGCCCUCGGUCAAGGUUCCAACCCUCCAGUUAGGGUUACCUUUGUGUCUUUGCCAUCUGAUCCAGCAGGGUUUUGUGAUCGCAUUUGUUUCAACUAUGGUCGGGAACUCUACUUUUAUACAUACAAAGGAGCCAAGAAACCCGCAGACUUAUCGAAACCUGUAGAUAAACGAAUCUACAAAGGAACAAGUCCCACUUGCCAUGAUAUCAAUAAAUUAACCAUAAGUAGUGAAAGUGUUAUGCUACUAGUUGGUUUCACUGGUGGACAAAUCCAAUUAGUGGACCCGAUUAGGAAGGAAAUAGGAAAGCUUUACAAUGAAGAGAGGAUAAUUGAAAAAACUAAAGUAACAUGCAUCAAGUGGCUGCCUGGUUCGCCCAACUUGUUUCUAGUUUCUCAUGCGUCAGGGCAAAUGUAUCUAUACAGCGAAGACGUUACGUGUGGAGGACCCGCCCCACCAACGUACCAACUGUUCAAGCAAGGAGCCGGUUUCUCAGUAUGGACGUGUAAAGCAAAAAGCACCCGAAAUCCCAUUUACAGGUGGGUAAUUGGAAACGGUGCCAUCAACGACUUUUCCUUCUCACCUUGCUCGAAGUAUCUUGCUGUCGUGUCGCAGGACGGCUGUCUGCGUGUUCUCAAUUACGAUGCCAUGGAACUAAUUGGUCUGGCCACAUCAUUCUUCGGCGGUCUGUUGUGUGUCUGUUGGUCACCUGACGGGCAGCUGGUAGUAGCAGGUGGCGAAGACGAUUUGGUGACGGUUUGGUCAUUUCAACAAAAGAGAAUCGUAGCUAGGGGACAGGGUCAUCGAUCUUGGAUUACGGUGGUGGCGUUCGACCCCUUCACCACUUUAUAUUCAUCUCAACAUUCGUCUUCCAAGUCUUCGAAGGAAGGAACAGAUACUGUCUCUUCAAAUGGAAUAGGCGGAUGUGAGGACGACCUAGAGACGAAAAACGCAACCCCUGACAUUGCUACCUGUUACCGUCUAGGAUCUAUAGCCAUGGACACGCAAAUUUGUCUGUGGGAGUUGACGGACGACGUCCUGAAACAGCCUUAUGGUUCCCGGAGUCGAGCUUCAAUGGUCUCUGGACCAGGAUCGCCUCCUUCUAGUCUGAAGUUCACUGGCCAAACGCCCAUUUCAGGCGAUAGAAACAGCAGUAAUAUUUUGACGGUAGCGCCCAUUAACGCCACCAUUGCCACCUCGGUCGUAUCUAAUAAUACUGCCACGACACCGAUCAACACCGCAGGAUCUCUUACUCAGCGGUUGGCGAGUUUGACUUUUUCGGAGAGGAAAGCUGGGCAAGACCCGGACUUGAAAUCUCACCGUAAAAAUUUUAGCCUUGGAAGUGGCAAGAAUUCAUCAGAUAAAUCGACGGCCAACUCUUCGGCUUCCAAAUCGUCCGCGCCGGUUCAGUCCCAAUCUCUAGUGACGGGAUGCGCCGAUCCGCUCCGUCUUAUCGGGACGCAAGCCUGCCCCCGGCUGGACGAAAUUCCCAUGCUGGAGCCGCUCGUCUGCAAGAAGGUAGCCCACGAACGGCUGACGGCGCUCAUCUUCCGCGAGGACUGCCUCAUUACCGCCUGUCAAGAUGGCAUCGUCUGUACCUGGGCACGGCCGAUUGGCCCAUCUCACCACACUUCCAGCACCACCAAUGAAGGCACCAUGGUCUGAUGAUGAGAGAAAAUUAUCCAUUCGUUUCCUUUAACCUUGCAAUUAGAAGCCGACGACAAUUAUCAUGCCCUGUCAAAAUUACUCUUCAUUAACCCCAAUAGGAAAUCAUGAGCCACACCACAUGUUGACCUACUAUCCUCCCUUUUCCCUCCAGUGAAAAUCUUUUUUGUUUUAUCCGCCUUUCCUCGCUGCGCGUCCAUCUUCAUGUUCAUUUGAUUUCAUUCCUUUAUCGUGUAAAAAAAAAAAAGAAACAGAUGAAACGGCCUCGUUUAUGGUUUUCUUUCCCCGCCUGACGAGGAGGGCUCUGGAUCUAACGGCAUUUUUUUUUCUUUUUGCAAUUCCUUAUCUCACCUUCGUGCAUUUUUCCCCCAUUCUUCUCCAUGUACCUACAGGGUAUAUGAUGCUGUCACGUGACCUAGAGCUCUUGGCGAAGAUGAUGACCAUUUGUUAAAACAUUGUUUCUCUUCAUUAUUAUCCCUGCAGUUUGCCUCUUCAGACAAUUUUCUUUGCGUAAACAUUCAUUUCUUCUUUUGUUUUACGAGCGUGGUACCGAAUUCACGUCGGGACGGAAUGGUCGAUGUUUUUGAAUGGAGAAAGAGAGAUCAACCACCCACCCAUCCCCCCUUGUUCCGUAUACAUAGAAUGUUGUAACAUAGACAUUGAAAAAAGUUGAUUUAUGGAUUUAUCACUGAAAUAAAACAAAAGGAAGUUGUUUUUUUUUGA